AUGUUUAAUGUGAGUAGAAACUGUGACUGCUGUAAAAAUAGGCAUUUGAAUUACCAGGAAUUUGAUAAUUCCAAGGGAAGCCACUACUGGUUUUGGACAAAGUCUAAAAAGAAAUAUAUCAAGAAAGGUCAAGAGAAGAUUACCAUGCAAUCAUUGAAGCAAAAAGUAUUAGCAUAUCCUAAAAAUAUAAUGGAGCAUUUUGAAAAAUUAUUAGAGCCAUAUAUGUGCCAUUGCGCAAAUAUUGUUGCUCAGAAUAAAGGCAUCAAGAAUUUGAAGUCAAAUCUGAAAUCAGGAGAAUUCAUAGUACAUUGUGAUUUCAGCGAAAAAUACAAUACGAAAUACGCUUCUGAGAUACAGUCUUUUCAUUUUGGGAGUUCAAGACAACAAGUGACCCUACACACUUCUGUCAUUUAUUAUGUAAAAAAUGAAGAGAUUAGUACCAAAUCAUUUUGCACCCUGAGCGAGUGCUUACGACACGACGCUGUGGCAAUUUGGGAGCACUUGAUUCCUAUCCUGAACUUCAUUGAGAAGGAGGUUUCCGAAAUGAAGUUUUUAAAUUUUAUAUCUGAUUCUCCAUCUGCACAGUACCGUAACCGUAAAAUGUUUUACGUGAUGGCCAAACUUCAUUGGAACUAUCCAAAUUUACGUCGCGUGGUUUGGAAUCACUCCAAAAAAGGACAUGGAAAGGGAGCUCCAGAUGGUGUGAGGGGAGUAUUAAAAAGAACUGCUGAUCAAAUUGUUGCUCAAGGGAAUGACAUCCCAAAUAUUGAAGCCUUAAUCAGCCAUCUUAAAAUUAAAUGCCCGGGUGUUUCCAUAGAGGAAGUUGUGGAAUCAGGCGUUUUAGAAAAGGAAUUAUUGAUCCCUUCAGAUCUAAAAGAAUUUCGUGGUACCAUGGCAGUGCACCAAGCUAUAUGGAGCUGCAAUAAUCCUGAAGUAUUAGCCAUGAGGCGUCUUAGUUGUGAAUGGGAAUAUGCUCUGAAGAAUCAGUGCAAUGUUCACAUGGACACCAUAUUGGUUUCUAUAACAUUGGGAAUACAGCUUUAA